AGUAAAACGUCACUUGUGAAGACGUCUUUCAGACGGGGUUAUCUGAAAAAUAACCUCUCAAUAUUUGAAUUAUCCUGUUUAUUGCAUUUUUUUAUAGUGGUGUGAUAUUAUUCGACCUUUAUAUUUAUUUAUAUUAAGUUAAAUUUCAUAGGAUGAUGACUUAAAGAUACCACUAUGUCUUACAUCAAAGUGCUUCAAUGCACAUUUUGCCUCAAACAUGGUGCUAUGGGCAUGUCCACCAGAUCUGUGCUGCUAAAAAUAGGGAAUGGAACCCUUACCCAGCAGCUUGCACGAAUAUCAACCACAAGUUGUUGGAAAAGUCAGUUGCCUGUCACCACCCUUAGCCAGACGCCCACCAGCACUAAAAAAGGCAAAAAUGUGCCACAGGAUAACCGGGUGUGGAAGGAAACCCCGUCCCUGGACAGAAAGAACAAUUUGGGACAGUAUUGUAUGAUGCUGUCCAAAUUUCGGUUGACUUCUCUCGUGGUAAUGACGUCCAUGGCCGGUUAUGCGCUGGCUCCGGCUCCCUUCGAGCUGACGACAUUCUUGCUGACCGCCGCGGGAACUGGCCUGGUAUCCGCCGCCGCCAACUCCAUCAACCAAUACCACGAAGUGCCCUUCGACGCGCAAAUGUCGCGCACUAAGAACCGCGUGCUUGUGAAAGGAUUGCUAGAGCCAUCGCAUGCAAUCGGCUUCGCGGCCGCGACCAGUGCGACAGGCCUCGGACUAUUGUACUUUGGCGUGAACCCGCUGACGGCUGCAUUAGGGGCUGGAAACCUUAUCCUCUAUACUUCAGUUUAUACUCCUAUGAAGAGGAUGUCGAUUCUGAACACAUGGUUGGGCUCUGUAGUGGGCGCGAUCCCGCCCCUGAUGGGCUGGGCGGGGUGCGCGGGCGGGCUGGACGCGGGCGCGGCGGUGCUGGGCGGGCUGCUGUACUCGUGGCAGUUCCCGCACUUCAACGCGCUGUCCUGGAACCUGCGGCCCGACUACUCGCGCGCCGGGUACCGGAUGAUGGCGGUCACUGACCCUGCUUUAUGCAGAAGAGUGGCGCUCAGACACACUGGGAUCAUCACAGGAAUCUGUCUCGCGUCGCCGUACCUUGAAGUGACGAACAAGUGGUUUGCGCUCGAAUCGCUCCCGUUAAAUAUUUAUUUUAUGUACUUAGCAUGGGAAUUCUACAAGAAAUCAGACAGUGGGAGUUCCAGAAAGCUAUUUAGAUUCUCUCUAAUACACUUGCCCGCGCUUAUGUUACUUAUGCUAGUCAAUAAGAAGUAUUUGAGCUCGAGCGAUACGCAGGAGCAAAAGGAUCCGUCGAAGGCGCUGGACGUCAGUAAGCUGCCGGAAUCCAAGAGGAUAUCAGUAUUGCCGCGAGGACCUGUAGUCGCCGCUCAGGAGACAGAGCAAUCAACAGAAAACUGAUAGCUUUUAACAAUCUACGUGGACGUAGAUAUAGUAUUUUUGUUGUAAAUAAUGUACAAUUUAAUUAUGUGAUUCAAUUAGAUUGUGAUGUAAGUUAUCAAUCAGUUAACCGCGAGAUUUUUUGUUAUAUCCACAGGACAAAGAAACUUUUUUUUGUACUUAGUAUUGUAGUUCUAUGGGAUAGAAUUACGUUUUAUUUGAUAUUUUUAUUGCUCUCCAUUUGAUUUCGGUACACUGCUGUAAUACUUAUGCAUUCCUGCAUAGAAUAAUUAGUUUUUAUUGCUUGUAUCUUUUACUCUUCUUUGUUUUGUGGACAUAAAGGCGUAUUCAGUUGUUAUAUUGCUAACUUUGUUGAAUGAGUAGUUCCUUUAACUUAUUAUGACACAGGAAUAAAUGAAAUUUCCAAAUAAUAAA